AUGUCUGACUUUGUGGGUGUUAUCUGGUUGGCCUCCUUUGGGGACUUCCGGGGGGUUCUGCAUCUGGCGGGGCGUCGCCUUGGCGGGGAGUUGAUGGACCCAUUUGCCAAAUUGGGUGUCCCAGCUGUAACAGAAGGUGUCAAAGUUGUUGACAGUUCAGGGACUGAGAUAGAUGAUGAUGUUUUUGAGGAAAUUGUGAAGGAUCCAUCCACUGGGGUUCUAACCAUCAAAUACGAAACAGAAUCUAUCUCCAUGGUAACCUCUCCAAAGUCCCAAUCAUCCGUUUGUUCAUGGGACUCCGACACAAUCAUCCUUGAAGACACUCCUACCAGAAAGCGUCAGAGGCUGGACUCUGAAGCUAUGCAACUGGUGAAAUCCAUUCUUACCAAGAAAUCAGGUGUAGAAUAUAUAAUAAAUGAAUACAACCGAACUAAGUCCUUGACAGAUGAGAGCAGAAGAAAAUUGGUGAAUAUACUGGCAGCUGAGAUGACAGAGAAGAAUGGUACAUCUCCAUCUAGACAGGUGAAGGAAAUGUAUGCACAAGGAAUUGUGAACUUGUUCCCCAACCUCAGAGACCCAUUUUCCAAGAAUGGCUAUGAACAUUUUUAUGAUAGCAACAGUAGUACUGGAGAAUUAAAACUAUUCAGAGAUGCAGUGCUAAAGAAAGACGAUCAUCAUUUGGAGGUAAUCCUAUAUUAUUCUGGAAAAAUGUAUUGAAUAGAA